GGUUAUCCCAUAGGUUGCCACUGGUGUGAGUAGUGAUGUCCGAGGCUGCUAGCGGUCUGCAGGAAAUCAUAGAGGUGGCAGGAGUGAAUUCCCUCGAGGCUAGAACCCAUGCCAUGCCGGGGUAUCUAGGGCUUGGGCCGCCGGACCUCUGUAGACUAACCAAGAUACCGAAGGGCAGUAGGAAGAGUGCGGAUAAGAAGGGGCGGCCGAGUUACUUCCAUUACGUGGUCGGGAUUGACGUGGGCAGCGCCUCGGCGAUAUCAGGUUACAUAUCAAACUUGAUAUCUCGACAGGAGGGUGUUGGAUUCCUCGCUGGUUCGGCCUUUAAGAUUGAGUCCGGCAUCUAUUGCUCCUGGGACAUCUUCCAUCAGUGCGAUGUUCGGGUAGAGGUCCGGCCUGGUGGUUAUCCAGCUGUACGGGCUGUCAUGGUCGACACUGAUGGUAACACCGUUGAAGAGAUAGGCAGAUCGAUUUGGGAGCUAUCGUCCUGGUUGAGGUCAAUCAAACCCCCCAUCGUGCCGGGCUUGGUCGUGGGCGUCGUAUGUCCUAUUCGGGGCAAUCUGGGUAACGCUGAGAUACUACCAAACUUCAUCAGCCUAGCCUCCAAGUUCAUCACAGCAAACUCCUCGUUCGCUGGACCCUCUGGCUCCCUCUCCCCCACUGAUAUAUACGCCCAUGAGGAGGAAGGAGAUGUAGGACGUCUCGGGACUACCAUAGUCACCGAGGUCAUUGCCGAUGGUUUUGUGAGGAGCAGGCGACUACGGCUCUGUCCCGAGGUAUUCAAUUCACUCCAGAGUGCCGUCCCGCAUGUCAUGAUCCACAUCGCCCGGAGCUACCGCAGAAUGGGUCGGUUGGAUGCCUGUAUGUCGACCUUGGCUCGAUGCCUCCAUGAAAUACCAGCAGAUGGGCAUGUCCUCCAUUACCAGGCGAAGACGUUGCUCGCCAUACCCGACGACCCCGUUGCCUGGGAGCUAGCUAUCACCGCAGCACGCCUCGCCACUGAGUCCAUACCGAUGGAUCCCAAGGUCUGGGCUACCCUGGCCGAGGCUUAUAGGCGGACACUCAACUUCGAGCAAGCCCUUAUGGCUCUCAACAACUUCCCUAUAGAGGAAGAUCGUGAAGUGGCAUGGCCUGGCGAUGAGACUCUUCCAUGGAGUUUGGGCAUCCCCGAUGUGAGCCGUUGCCAACAGACCGUUCCUGACAAGAAGCAUGGGAGUGGCACCGACCCAAUCACUGGAUAUUUGUGCCAUGAUCCUAUAAGGCAGACCCCGACCUACGAGAUGCUACCGAGGCAGCAGCGGGGCCGCGGCUUAGACGAGAAGGACCGGAUAGUGCUUGGUCCAGGGGUAGGCUUGAAUCCUGAACUGGAUGAGAGGCAGAGGCCUGUCGAGGACAGUGGUAUGGCAGUGGGGGAGCAUGGCCAGAUGACUCAGUACGAGGCGAGGAUGUAUAGUGUCCUAGUAGGGAUAUGUCAAGACAUAGGCUGGGACUCCCUUAUAGUGGCUCGGAGCCGCGUUUUUAUUAUGGACGAUGAUACUACUGCUGGUGGUGCUGAGGGUGCCCAAGGCGUGGACCUGAGGGAGGUGUAUCGACAGAGGCAGCAGAGACUCAGUGGUAGAACACGUAGUUUGUCGGGCAAUACGGAAGGCCAGCACCUGCCCCUGACUGCAACAGGACGGACGACCUUCAGAAAGCGCCUGUGUAGUAAGGCCUUGGAGGGCCUCUUUCGUCGACUGUUCGUAGACUUGAAUGAGUCCAUCAAGUGGCAACAGGAGAUAGUCGGUGGGGAGGCCGUCCCUCGGAAGAGCUGUGAGAUGUGGUGUUACCUGGCUGGCUUGGCAGAGAGGUUACAAAGUGGUGACGCGGCCUUAGAAUUGGCCUGUCGAAUGAUUCAGGCCCACGGGUUUUGCCCCAGGGCCUCGGCUAAGCUGCUGCGACUUUACACGAGAAGGAGGAUGGUGAAGCCAGCCAUACUGCAGGCGUUGGGCAUUAUACGAGUUUUCCAAUACAGAACAGGGGGUCAGGCCCCAGUCCCUCUGUGGUUGCUGGACCAAGUGGCUGACCUAGUGUAUACUGUGGGGCUUAGCGUUGUGAGGCAGGAGCUCAUGGCCUUGAGGGGACAGCGGACUGACGUGGAAGGGGAGGAGAAAGGCUUGGAGGAAGUACUUGAGGAGCUUGUUACAAUGGAUGUUGAUGGUGUUGGCCGUUAAUUUUCUCUCA